UUCAUCACAAGCCGCAAUCAUGUCGACACUUGAGGAUCUGGACGCCAUGGAGCACCAGGACAAGAAGGAAGGCGAGGACCAAGAUCCCAAGAAGCCCAACCAGAGCGGCGAUGCCGACAUGAAGGAUGCCGAUGGUGACAAGAAGGAAGAAGAGGAGGAAGAAGUGCUGGACUCAGACAUCCUCAACUCGAGCACAAGAGACAUCAUCACAAGGCGGCGAUUGCUGGAAAACGACACGCGCAUUAUGCGCUCAGAGUUCCAGCGUUUGACACACGAGAAGCAAGCCAUGCUUGAGAAGAUCAAGGACAAUGUUGACAAGAUUGACAACAACCGGUGCGCCCNNCAACUCCCAUACCUUGUCGGCAACGUUGUCGAGAUCCUCGAUCUGGACGUCGAAGCAGAUGCCGCCGAAGAAGGCGCCAACGUCGAUCUGGAUGCUACUCGCGUGGGCAAAUCGGCCGUUAUCAAGACAUCGACUCGCCAAACAAUCUUCCUCCNNCCCCUCAUCGGUCUCGUCGACCACGAGAAGCUCAAGCCUGGCGAUCUGAUCGGUGUCAACAAGGACUCAUACCUCAUUCUCGAUACACUUCCCGCCGAGUACGACAGCAGAGUCAAGGCUAUGGAGGUUGAUGAGAAGCCCACCGAAAAGUACACCGAUGUUGGUGGUCUGGACAAGCAGAUUGAAGAGUUGGUUGAGGCUGUUGUCUGGCCCAUGAAGGAGGCUGAGCGCUUCAAGAAGAUUGGAAUUAAGGCUCCUANNAAGGUACACAACCGCGCUAUUAUUCCCGAAGAAACUCCCUCUGUAGGUGCCCUCAUGUACGGCCCACCCGGUACCGGAAAGACCCUCCUCGCUCGUGCUUGCGCCGCCCAAACAGAAGCCACUUUCCUCAAGCUCGCCGGCCCUCAGCUCGUUCAAAUGUUCAUUGGUGACGGUGCCAAAUUGGUGCGCGACUGCUUCGCUCUGGCUAAGGAAAAGGCUCCCUCGAUCAUCUUCAUCGACGAGCUUGAUGCUGUUGGUACCAAGCGUUUCGACAGUGACAAGAGUGGUGAUCGUGAAGUUCAGCGCACUAUGCUUGAGCUUUUGAACCAGCUUGAUGGUUUCGCUAGCGAUGACAGAAUCAAGGUUCUUGCCGCAACAAACAGAGUCGACGUUUUGGAUCCUGCUUUGCUUCGUUCUGGUCGUCUUGACCGCAAGAUCGAGUUCCCCUUGCCUAAUGAGGAGUCCCGUGCCCAGAUUCUUCGCAUUCACAGCAGAAAGAUGACUGUUGAUGAAGGUGUCAACUGGCCUGAGUUGGCAAGAAGUACCGACGAGUUCGGUGGUGCUAUGCUUAAGGCUGUUUGUGUUGAAGCUGGAAUGAUCGCUCUACGUUCAGGACAGUCAAAGAUUGUCCACGAACAUUACGUCGAUGCGAUUGCUGAGGUGCAAUCGAAGAAGAAGGAAUCAAUCUCAAUCUACGCC